AUGGGUCUCUCAUUCGGUUCCGUCUUCUACUGCGGCAUCACAACCCAUCUCAACAUCAGGCGACACAAAAAGAUCGGAGGAGUGUCCGACAGAACUCGUGAUCUACAAACCCAACUUUUUCGCGCGCUGGUUUUGCAGACUGUGAUUCCAAUGAUCUUCAUGUAUAUUCCGAUAACCCUUCUGUUUAUUGUCCCAUUUUUUAAAUGGGAUGUGGGAAGUUGGGCGAAUGUUACCACUUCUUCAGUUCAUCUUUACCCGGGAAUCGAUCCGAUGGUUCUACUUUUUCUCAUUAAAGAUUAUCGACGAACUAUUUUCCGGUUUUUCAGCCGAAAAAAGCUUGGAAAAGUUGAUGGAAGUACUUCGAUGGUGAAAUCGAGGUUGAGUAUAACAUGA